AACACAAAAUUUUGUUAUAUAUUUUUAACGACGUAUAUAUUUAAUUCUCUGAAGUUUGUUUAUUUUUAUAAUUUUAUUUUUAAAUUAACGUUCUCAGCAGUUUCUGGCCAAGUUUCUUGUUUAAAAUUGUUUAAUUUUAAUUCAACUACUUACUAAAACUGAAACAAACCCAUGUUGAAAAUACCGAAACCACAGUUCCGGAAUUAUUACAUUGAGGAUGGUGUGGCGUACACCGAGGAUCGCAAGGUUGUGCGACGGGUGAAAAUCUGUGCAGCCUUUCCUUUCGAAAGGAAGGCUCUUUUAAAACAUUUAUCGAGAUUUGGAACCAUAGAUGAGCUCCGAUGGUGUGCCGAUAAGCAGGAGGGAUGGGUGCUGUUUAAAGAGCCCACGGAAGCGGCGAAGGCUUUGUAUUCUCCCAAGCACACUUUAAAUGGCCAUACUUUUGUUUUGCGCGCAUCUAGCACCUGGGAUCAACCGCCGGAGCAGGAGGAGCAAGGGACUCUGAGUGCCUAUGAUUUACCCAUUGUCGACGACGUUUGGUGCAAGGUGCUUAACUACCUGCCCCUGGAUACCCGUCUUAACUUUGCCGCCAGUUGCCAACGAUUCCAGGCGAUCUACGAACUGGAAUCUAAACGAAUAAAUCAUGUCCUUAAUAUGAAGGAUGUCUGCAAGCUGACGAACUGGGGGAUCAGGCGAAUGAUGCGACUUUCAGGAGAACAUAUUCAUCGUUUGGAGGGUGGACCGCUGCAUCCGCGUUGGCCUCUGUUGAAGCAGUUUGUACAACUUUUGGGUGUGAGCUGUCCGAAUCUAACAGAACUUCAUUUCCACCGGAUUCCGCUGAGUCCGGAGAACAUGGCUCUUCUAUUCCAUAGAAGCAAUGGUUCGGUAAAGAUUACCAAUCUCUCACUGCGCCGUUGUGACCUUACAGAUUGUCAUCUACUUCUCUUGCAACCACUUACUGAGCUGACGACACUGAGUCUUGAAGAAAACCCUGGAAUUCGAGGUGACACCUUGGAAGAUUUACCAGUUUCUUUGGAGGUUCUAAGAAUUUCAGGCUGCGAGUACUUGGAGUCUACCUGUCUUCGUAAGCUGGCCGCUCUGCCGCUUCUUCGCGAGCUCCGCUGCAGUGAGAUUUACUUGCGGAAUUUUAACAGGGAUUGGAUGGAUGAGGAUGAGGCGGCUGCGUGGCCCUUAGACGAGCAUGUAUAUCGGGAGUUGGUGCGGAGCUGUCCAAAUCUGGAGGUCCUCGAGGUGUCGGUAUGCCCAUAUAUGGACGAGAAUCAGUUAGGCGGUCUGUCCCAGUUGCGCACCUUGGUCCUUCGUGCCGUAGCCUUGGAGCCGCAACCUUACCAGGUGGACAACUCAUUGCUUCUGGCCCUCGUGGAGGUGGAUUCGCUGCGCCAUCUAGAGUUCCAGCAGGCUGCACCUGGUUUUGUGGAUGCUGCCGGUCUGAAGAUCAUUUCCCAGCUGAAGGAACUACGAACUUUAAUUUUACGAAAUCAGAACUUUAAGGCUAAUGAACUGAGGGAACUGCGUAAACUAAACGCCUUGGAGUUUCUUGACCUGAGUGAUUCGCCCCAUCUGUCCAACGAGAUCGUUGCAGAGUUGGCCAAGACGCUGGGCAAGCUGCGUCGCUUGAAAGUCAAGCGAUGUCCUCUUAUCUCUCGGCGGCUGACAGAGAUCCUCAAGGAAUAUCACAUGCUUCAAGUAGACGUUUAAGGUCCAACUUCCAUGGUUACUUGUUUUUUAUUUUUGCUAUUUAUUUGAUUAAAUUAUAUU